AUGAAGGCUCAUCUCGUGACGUUGCUUUCUUUCCUGGUUGCCGCGCAGGCUUUUUACCUGCCUGGUGUUGCACCAACCUCCUACACCAAAGGCCAGACAAUACCUCUGUACGUCAAUCGCAUAACCCCUUCGAUGAGACACACCGACGCCAAAUCCAAGACCUACGUUUAUUCCUACGAUUACUACUUCCCUAGGUUCCACUUUUGUGCCCCAGAAGGUGGUCCACAAAAGCAGUCUGAAUCCCUCGGUUCCAUCAUGUUUGGAGACAGAAUUUUCAACUCUCCAUUCGAAAUUAAGAUGCUCGAGAACAAGACUUGUUCCAAAUUGUGCCAGCCUAUUUACUCCACUGCUGACGCAGUUUUUGUGAACAGAAAUAUCCGUGCUGGCUUCAAGCAUAACUGGUUGGUUGAUGGACUCCCUGUUGCGAAGGCCAUCAUUGAUACCAAGACUGAAACCCAGUUCUACGGAGCUGGGUUCGAAAUUGGAGCCGUUGAUAACUCUAACGUUGCUCAUUUGUACAAUCACUACGAGUUGGUGAUCGAAUACCACGAGCGUGGUGCGGACGAGUUCAGAGUGGUGGGUGUGACUGUCAACCCUUACUCGAUCAACCAUGCGGACCCUUCAAACAUGAAGUGUGACACUGAAAAGUCCACUCCUAUCGUCUUGGACCAAGGCAAGGACACCAAGGUUACUUUCUCGUAUGCCGUCUUCUUUGUUCCUUCCGACACCGUCUGGGCCACCAGAUGGGACAAGUACUUGCACGUGUACGAUCCCAAGAUCCAAUGGUUUUCCCUGAUCAACUUCUCCAUCAUUGUUCUGUUCCUGUCCCUGAUCAUGUCUCACAUUCUGGUCAAGACCCUCAAAAGCGACAUUCAAAAGUACAACGAGGUCAAUCUUGAUGACGAGAUGAUGGAUGAGAUGGGAUGGAAACUGGUCCAUGGUGACGUUUUCAGAGCACCCGAGAACAAGAUGCUGCUUUCGGUGCUCGUUGGUUCUGGUGUCCAGAUUCUGUUGAUGUCCAUCACCACUGCUGGUUUUGCCCUGUUUGGUCUGCUGUCGCCUUCAAACAGAGGGUCUCUGUCCACCGUGAUGUUCAUCCUGUAUGCCGUCUACGGAUGCUUUGGUUCCUACGUUUCUGCUGCUCUGUACAAGCUGUUCCAAGGUGAGGACUGGAAGUUGAACAUGAUCUUGACCCCUACCAUGAUUCCCGGUAGUUUGUUUGCGCUGUUCAUCUUCUUCAACUUCUUCCUGAUUGCUGUCAAGUCGUCUGGCGCUGUUCCAAUUGGAACCAUGUUUGCCAUCGUUUUGAUUUGGUUUGUUAUUUCUUUGCCAUUGUCAGCCGCUGGUUCCCUGUUGGGCUACAAGAGGCCUUCCGUGACUCUGCCUGUGAAGGUCAACCAAAUCCCAAGACAAAUUCCAACACAACCAUGGUACCUCAAGACACCCGUCCUGGCUCUGAUCGCUGGUAUCUUCCCAUUCGGCUCCAUCGCCAUUGAGAUGUACUUUAUCUACAACUCUCUUUGGUUCAACAGAAUCUACUACAUGUUUGGAUUCCUGUUCUUCUGUUUCUCGUUAAUGCUGGUCACAACCCUGUUGGUGUCCACGCUGCUAAUCUAUUACACUCUGUGCAACGAGAACUACAAAUGGCAGUGGAAGUCCUUCUUCAUUGGUGGUGGUAUUGCCGCGUACAUUUUCGUGCAUGCCUUAUUCCUGUCCAAGUUCAAGCUGGGUGGGUUGACCUCGGUUGUUUUGUACCUUGGAUACUCUUUUGUAAUCUCCGUCGGUGUGGGUUUGAUGUGCGGUGCGGUUGGUUUCCUUGGUGUGUUUUUCUUUGUCCUCAAUAUCUAUGGUCAAAUCAAGAUUGACUGA